UUGAAAAAACCGGCACGGAUGAGGAGGUGUCGGAGGUAUGGAAGAGGUCAAUCAAAUGAAUCACUGUUCUAUGACCGUUGUGAUACAAUGGGAAAGUGUCUGUGACUCAUCUGAAAGGUGCACAUCAAACUGGAGUUGUUGUUCACAUUCAAAAGUCAUUCCAAAAUCCUAGUUGGAGAAAAAUGAUUGCAGACGUUGCAAUUUACAGUGCCGUUGUUAUUGUUGUGGUGUCGAUAGUACGUCGUCUAUUAAGUAGUGAUCCGGCAAGCUAUUGGGAGCAAAAUGGGGUGUCAAUGGCCAAGACAAAAAGUUUUUGGGCCAAAUUGCUUCAAAUGGAUUUUGAUUUCGUGAAAAGUGACACGGACAUUUACAAUCAAUUGAAGGCCCAAAAGUACGGUGGCGUUAUGGAGUUUGGCGCCCCUGCCCUGUUCAUAACAGAUCUGGAUCUCCUGAAACAAGUGUUAAUCAGGGAUUUCGAUCAUUUCGUCAAUAGAAGAGGCUUCGAUCUGGAAGAGAAUGAUCCGCACAUGCACUAUUUGCUCGGUAAUCACAACGGCGAUGCUUGGAAGAGACUGCGAUCAACGAUUAGUCCAACAUUUACUGGCGGAAAAAUUCGACGAAUUUUCCAGAUUUUUGAUUCCAGCGCCAAGAAAAUGGUCCGUUAUAUCACUGAUCAGCUGACGGAGAGCAGUGAAGUGGAACUGCGCCCAAACGUACACAAACUGACGAUGGAUAUCAUAAUGUCGGCAGCGUUUGGCAUUGAAACAAACAUUUUCGAGGAUCCCAAUUCAUUGUAUGCCGUGAUGGGCAAUAAAAUUCUGACCCAAUUCGCCAAGGUCAGCACGGUGUUGAAAUUUUUCCUACUGUGGCUCAGCCCCAAAAUGGCAAAAAUUUUGAAAGUAAAAAUCACAGACGACGAAGCCGACCAGUUUCUAUCGAAAGUGAUCAGGGAAAGUUUGAGGCUACGACGGGACAAUGGUACUAGGAGAGAGGACUUCCUACAAAUUAUGUUGGAGGCUCAGUUGGGACAAUUGCCGGAAGAAGAUGAGAAUCAGUUGGAUGACCACGAAAUCAAUGCCAAACUGAGCAGUGAUGCAGGACAAUCGGUAACUAUUACGGAAGACGUGAUAAUCGCCAACUGUUUCGUGUUCCUUUUGGGUGGAUUUGAUACUACCGAGUCUACGUUAUCGUUUGCUAUCUACGAACUUGCCGUUAAUCCUGAAAUACAAGACCGACUCUAUCUGGAGAUUAAGGCAGCUGUAGAUGAUAACCAUGGUGAGUUUAGCUAUGAUAUCAUUCAGGGACUGCGCUACUUGGACAUGAUAGUUUUUGAGACUCUGAGAAAAUACCCGCCAUUCAGUCGGACUGACAGAAGAAGUGUGAAAGCUUUCACCGUUCCCGGAACCAACUUUACAUUACCGACUGAUUCCAUGGUCAUCAUACCGAUUUAUCCAAUUCACCACGAUCCGGAAUAUUGGCCUGAACCUGAAAAAUUCGAUCCUGAACGAUUCACUAAAGAGAAUUCUGUGCAUCGCCCACUCUGCACUUACAGUCCAUUCGGACAAGGACCUCGUACACGUACACGUUUAAAUUGUGUCGUCGACAAUUUGUUCGUUCAAUCCUUUUCUAUAGGAAAUCGCUUCGCCCUUUUGGAAUGCAAAAUGGCACUGGCUCACCUUGUUCUGAACUUCAUACUGGAACCAUCUCCGAAAACUGACGUUCCGAUCAAGAUUACGAGCCAAGCAACUCUGAAACCUGUUGGAAAUGUUCCGUUGCACAUUAGGUCUCGCGUCUGAUGUGCUGAGAAAAUAUUUGUCGAUUUCGAUCAUUUUUUGUACGACUUGUCAAGCUACUAUGAUUACACACUACCUCAUCU